GAAUAGAAAACUCGUACAUUUGAUUCGAGGUACAGAGAUGAGCAGUUUUAGCUAACUAAAAUUGCAGCGCAAUUUUUUAUCGACGGCAGAACGGGAAGCACAGCAUAGGGAGUGAAGAUGCUUAUCCGUCGACUACCUUCAACGGCGAUUUACGUCACGACGACUGUGGCUUUCUCCCGACGUUCUCCGUCUCCUCACUCCUUCGGCGCUCAAACAGCCAAUUCGCUCUAUUUCAAGCCUAAAUUCAGCCUCCUUCCCUUCUGCUCCAGCUCACAGACUUCUUGCGAAUUCACCGACUUACUCAGCGAGGAACCGUCGAAGCGUGGACCUCUCAAGCCUGGAUUGUAUUUGGUAGGAACACCAAUCGGAAACCUAGAAGAUAUCACCUUAAGAGCUCUCCGCGUCUUGAAAUCAGCUGAUGUGAUACUCUCAGAGGACACGAGGCAUUCCGGGAAGUUGCUUCACUAUUAUAGUAUCAAAACUCCUCUUAUGAGUUAUCAUAAAUUCAAUGAAUCUCAAAGAGAACAAACAGUUUUGAAGAGGUUGAAGGUGGGUGAGAUUGUGGCAUUGAUCAGUGAUGCAGGAACACCAGGCAUCAGUGAUCCUGGUAUGGAACUGGCAAAGUUGUGUGUCAAUGAAAACAUUCCUGUUAUUCCAAUUCCAGGGCCUUCUGCUGUGGUCUCUGCUCUUUCUGCCUCAGGGUUGACCACAAAUGAGUUUACAUUUGUCGGUUUUCUUCCUAAACAUGCUGGAUCAAGGAAGGAGCGGUUAAUAGCUUCUGCAAGUGAAGCAAGAACCCAAAUAUUCUACGUUCCUCCUCACAAGCUUUGCCAGUUUCUCGAAGAGAGUUCCUCAGUCUUUGGUUUUUCAAGACCAUGUGUUAUAGCUCGAGAAAUGACGAAAGUACAUGAAGAGUUUUGGCGAGGCACUUUGGGAGAAGCAAAAGAAGCAUUUUCAACAUGCCAACCAAAGGGAGAAAUUACACUGUUGAUUGAAGGCAAGGCAAACUGCAUAGAGGAAACGCCAUCAGAGUGUCAGCUUGAGAAUGAAUUGAGACAAUUGAUAACCAGAGGGCAUAGUCUUUCUUCGGCAGUCAAAUUGGUGGCUGAGGGAACAUCAAUGAAGAAGAAAGCAAUAUAUUCACUUGCUUUGAGAAAAUUUGGAAACAAAAUAGAGGCGAAGGAUUCAAAUUGAUGAUACUCAUGCUGGAGAGCUAAUGCUGGACUAUUUUUGCGAUUUGUCCUGCUUUUGAAUGUGGAGAGUAUGUUGCUGUUGAAGGCUUGGAGCAAAAGCAGAGCAAAUCCAUUAUCCAUGCAGAUAAAGUGGCGAGAAUGAUGAUCAUAUUAAGGUCAUGGAACAAAAAUUUAAAUUAUGCUCUCAAUUAGCUGAAAUUCAUUGACAAGCCAUGUUAAUCCAUCAUGACAGAAUAUAUAUCUUUGAUGGUUCUUUGUUAAUGGAUAGGCAUGGAAAUUGCUAACUAAUUUAAUUUUUGUGACCAAUACCAAAGCACUAACUGAUGAAGAAGGGUUUCAAUUUAGUACGUACUAAUUUCAAAUAGAACUUGACUGAUGGAUCUACUGGGUGAAUGAAUAAAUGUAAACUCCUUUGAACUCUCCCUCUUUCCAUUGUAUCUCAAGAAUUAAGAAUACUAGCAGAACUAAGUUACUUUUUAGUUGCAAUCAUGUUGCUUCAAGUUCUAUUUCCUUCCUUUCAAUAAUAACUAUGAUAUUGUUGCUUUGAGACGCGCUAGUAAACAUUAGA